AUGACAAAAUCUAAGACUGCAGUCAAAGUCAAAAAACACAAGGACAAGGAAAAGGAAAAGGAGCGUAGCCUUGAAGACGUGGCCACGGAUGAGGUCACGAAUAAGGAAGGGGGGCCCAUUGUCACUAAAAGAAAGAAAAAGAAAAAAGAAGAAAGUGAGCAAAGUCAUAUAGUUGAAGGCGAGGCAGUGAAGAAAAAGAAAAAAAAAUUGGAAAAGAAAGUGGACAUAAACUCUGAAGAUGAUGUACCUCGAGGCCAUGAAGGUGGAACACCAAAGAAGAAGAAGAAGAAGAAAAAAAGAAAAGCUGAUGAGAAUAACGGUGACAACAGAGAGAAUGGAGCUGAGGACACUGAUGAACAGAACGCAGACGUUGAGGGAGGCGUCAGUGUUGAGAGAGAGGCCAAGAAGAGGAAGAGGAAGGGUGCUGCUAAUUCUGAAGAGACAUGUAUGGAAUUAGAAGACUCCACUCAAGAGAAAAAAGAAAAGAAGAAGAAGAAGAAAAAGAAUAGCUUAGAGAAAGAUGAGCAGGAGGAAGGAGAAGCCAGUGAAACCGCUGCUGUAAAUGGGAAGAAAAGAAAGAAGAGCAAAAAGGAUUUAGCUGAGACGAGUAUAGUAGAGACACCAACGCCGAAGAGAAAGAAACUAUCUGAAGAGAGCACUCCAGCUUCGGCAGUCAAGAAGAGAAAGCAAACUACCUGA